GUCCCUCUCCCUGCCCGCAGGAUCCGGCCUGCCCGGGACGGCGCUGAGCACCACAUGAGUGUCGGAGCAGCAUGGCCAGCGACGCGAGGAUGGGGGAGACCCCGGCGCGGUGGAGAAGAGCCCCGGAGGCAGCGCAGGACUCCCGGGGGAUGGAGAACAGCGGGAUGCUUUUAUCCCGAAGCGCCGCUGCCGAGCUGGGACUCCAGGGCUACCCGGAGCCCGGCAAGCUGAGCUACGCCAUGGAGAAAGGAUGUCCCUGGAGGGGCUCCGAGGGAUGUCUGGGACCCGUCCGGGAGCUCGCCGGUGGCCGCCUGGGCUGUCCCUACCCACCGGCCCCGCCGUGCCUGCGGGACGCCCUGAGCCGCCCCAAGGACGGAGCCGAGCUCCCCCCGCUGCUGCCCCCCCGGAACGGGCAGCCCAAGGCGGGCUGGGGGGAACCCUGCAAGGAGCACCCGGGGCCGCGCUGGGCCGAGGCCGUGCUGGCCCCGCUGGCCCUCUACAGCCACGCGUACCACCGCUACCCCCUGCCCGUGCCCGGGCUGGACACGCCGCGCCCCGGCACCGCCGGCAAGCCCCGCAGCGCCGCGGGGGACGCGGCCGGAGACCCCCCGGCCUUCCACCACUGCCCCUUCCUCGUGGAGGCCAAGCACAGCCCCUUCCUCCUGUCCUCGCUGCUGCCCAGCGGACCCCCGGCCGAGCCCCCGUUCGGCGGCGCGGGGGCGGAGGGGCCGGGCCCGGGGGGUGACGGGCGCUUCGCCGGCCUGGACUGGCGUUUGUGCUCCUACGCGCCCGCCUGGGGACAGCCCCUCUACCUGGGGGUCCCGCCGAGGUGCAAGGCGGCUCCGGCCCCCUUCGAGGACUGCUCCAGCUCAGGGAACAAGGAGUUUUACGUCAAGAAAGGACCCGGGUUCCACCCCUCGACCAAGAACCACGCGGCGCCGCAGCUGCUGGGCAAGGGCCAAGCAGGGCACGACAGAGACGGGGAGGGGGAGCCGGCGGUGCCGGAGCUGCCGGGAGCCCCGUGGAGGGAUGGCCGGGCGGGGGGCAGCUCGGCGGUGCCCGUUCCCCAUCCCCGCACGCCUCCCCCCGGCGCCAGCCGCCCCCUGUUCCUCCUGCAGCCCGGCUCGGGGGGCUGCGGGGGGCCCUGGGUGGGCGCACGGCCCCACGGCGCCGAUUUUUCCAUGGACGCGGGGCCGGGCCGGCCCUCGGAGCCCAAAGAUGAGCGCCUGGGCUACCGAAGCGCCCAGCCCGGCUCGCCCCCGGCAUGCGGGGAUCCCCAUCCCUCGCCUCUGCCGGCGGACGGGCACUACCCAGCGGCUCCGGCCAAGCCCGAAGCCCCCCCGGGCUGUCUCUGCCCCACCCCGGGCUGCGAUGGGUGCCCGGGGGUGGGCUGCGGGGUGCCCAACCCCUUCGAGCCCAGCCUGGGCAUGGCCGGGGGGCGUUUUCCGUGCCCCCCCAGCAACCACACCAAGCUGAAGAAGACGUGGCUGACGCGGCACUCGGAGCAGUCGCUGCCUCGCUCCAAAGCUUCCCGGCGGGACGGGGGUCCCGAGCCCCCCGGGGAGGGCAAGCGCUCGGCCAAACGCCCCCACGGCACCGCCGAUGGUCCCCGCCCCGCCGGCGAGGGCGCCGGGGCGGCCAAAAGGGGCACCAAGGCCACCGCGGGCCCGGAGAGCGCGGGGGACGCCGAGGAGAGGAGGAUGGAGCUGGGAGAGGAAGGUGAGGAUGCACAGGAUGCGCAGCGGGGCCUGGGAGAGGGCGGGGGCAGCAGCCGAUCCCGAGGGAAUUUUGCAUCCCGGUUCCCGGCGCCCACAACACGAGCUGGGAACACGUGUGGGCUGAGGAACCUGCUGCGCUGGGGUUUUUCCCGGCGUGACCGGGUCUGGCAGCGAUUCCCGGGGUGGGCACGGAUCGAAAUGUCCCUUUGGGGCAGCGUGACACCCUCGGAGCCGCCGAGCCGUGCGGGGGAGCCGUGGUGCCUGCAGAGCCUGCCCUGCACGGCGCUGCCCCCCAGCAUCCCCCGCUGCUGUGCCUGUGCCCCCCGCGCCGGGGGGGACCCCGAGGGCGAGGAUGAGGAGGAGGAGCCCCCCGAGAGCACCUGCAGGCUGCUGCACUUCCGCAGGUUCGCCCUGGGGGACAGCGGCGAGCUGAGCGUCGAUGGCCUCUGCACCCUGGGGGAGGCCGAGGGGGAAGCGGCCGGCCCCGAUCCGGGGGUCAGGAACGUGGGGAGCAGGAAUGUGGGGAGCAGGAGCGUGGGGAGCAGCCUCUGCCUGGCCAAGUACCUGCUGGGGGUCCUGGGGGACCCUUUCUGCGCCGCCGUCCGCAGGGACAGGGACACGUGGCCGGGAGCCCCCGGCGGGCCCGAGGCAGGGGUGACGGGCUGGAGGCGGGGGGAAGGAGCCCCCCAGCUCUGUGACGCCUGCCAGCGUGGCUUCUUCAACUCCCACUGGAGCUGCGCCAGAUGUGGCUUCCAGCUGUGCCCCGAGUGCCACCGCAGCCGGCGGGAGGAGAGUGGCCCUGAGGGUCCGGCGAUGCCACCGGAGUGCGCCCCCGGGCGGGACCACCACGUGUCAUCGCUGGUCCCCACGCAGUUCGUCCCCACCUGUGUCCUGACCCGGCUCUGGAAGCUCCUGCACCAGGUCAGGGUCAAGUUUGGCAUCGAGUCGCACUGUCCCUGCGGGGCGGGGGCCGCGGAGCCGAGCCUGGCGGAGCCCCCGGGCAGGCAGGAGCCGCCGGGGGCCGCGGUGCCCACCCUGCCCCCCCGCAGCCACGGCCCCGCAGACCCCGCCCGGCCCAUCAAGGAAGAGAGCCCCGAGGGGGGCCCGCCGUCCCCGGGGCAGCCCCCGGCGCGGGUGGGGGGCGUGCAGAGCACGACCCUCUGCGACCUGCUGGCCUCCACCGCCGUGAAGCUGUGCCUGGGGCAGGACGGGGUGCGCAUGGCCUUCGCCCCCGUGGCACCGGCGCUGCCCAGCGACAAUCGCCUGACCAGCAUCCUGGACAGCAUCAUCGCCCGCGUGGUGGAGAAGAAGAUCCAGGAGAGGCAGGUAGGGGCCGAGCUGAGCCCCCCCGGCUCCCCGGACCCCCCCGCAUCCCACUGCAUCCUGGCCCCCAGCGGGCUGCUCUGGCUGCACGACCCCGGCCACGCCAGCAACUACAAACUGUUCCAGGAGCACUGGAGGCAGGGCCAGCCUGUGCUGGUUUCAGGGCUGCAGAAGAGGCUGGAGCCGCGGCUGUGGGCGCCCGAAUCCUUCCAGCCCCCGGGGCAGGAGGAGGAGGAGGUGGAGGCGGUGAACCUGCGGGCACCGCGGAGCCGAGUCCGGAUGAGCAGGCGGCAGUUUUGGGAUGGCUUUGCCGCCAGCACAGCAUCCCCCGAGCAGGAGCAGAGCAGCGGGGACCUGCUGAAGCUGGAGCGCGGCCUUGGGGACACGGAGCUGAGCCGGGCCACCAACCUGCAGGCCAGCCUGCCCCUGCCCGAGUACUGCGGGGCCAGCGGCCGCCUCAACCUGGCCAGCUACCUGCGGGGCCAGCGGGGCCGGCGCUGGCUCCGCCCGCGCGUCUGCGUGGCCUACGGCGCGCGUUCGCAGCAGCGGAACUUCGGGACCAAAGCCCUGACGGUGGAAGCGGCCGAUUCCAUCAGCGUCCUGGCGCACGCAGCGCCGGCACCGCGGGAGCUGCCGCUGCCAGCGGACGCGGAGGAGCUGGAGGCGCCGCUGCGGGCGCGGCUCGGGCAGGGCGGGCGGCCCGGCGCCCUGUGGCACAUCUACCGCGCCGAGGACGCCGCGCGGAUCCGCGAAUUCCUGCUCAAGGCGGAGCAGGAGCCGGGGUGGGAGGGGGCGGCCCCGGCGGAGCCCCCCGGCCGCUACCUGGACCCCGGCCUGCGGCGGCGGCUGCGGGACGAGUGCGGCGUGAGCGGCUGGAGCCUCCUGCAGCUCCCGGGGGACGCCGUGCUGGUCCCCGCCGGGGCUCCCCACCAGGUGCAGAGCCUCGGCGGCACCAUCAGCGUGGAGCAGCAAUUCCUGUCCCCGGAGAGCGCCGUGCGCCUCCGGCACCUCGGCACCGGCCCCGCCGGGACCCCGCGCCAGCUGCGCGCCCAGCUGGACGGGAUGAUCUUCGCCGCCGUGAGGGAGGCACUGGGGGUCCUGCGGGGCUGCCAGUGAGGGCACGGAGCGACGGGAGGACACCGGGAGCCUCGGGCACGGUCACAGCCACGGCCGGGACACCGGGAGCCUCGGUCGUGGGCACGGCCGGGACACCGCGGGGAGCCGGGACCGCGCG